UCUAAGUGGUGAGGAGUGGGACGUUGUCGUGCACCUGACGCCACAAUGGAUGACUAUCCGAUGUAUGGGUUGCUGGUUGGGUUCUCUCUCUGGGGGACACUCUGGCGCCUCCUCUUUCCUCUGGGUUUCUGCCCCACUUUUACGUGUAGAGUAGGGCCCACUCGUGGUGGUACUUCCACCAGCCCCUACACGAAGGAGGAGGAGGAGAAGAUGGCCGCUAUUUUGCAGGAGAGGAAGGAGAAGAAGGAGGUCAAGAGGAAGGCCUUGAAGGAGGAGCAGACGGCCAAAGUGAAGAAGAUAGAAGAAGAGAUGGCCAGGGAGAAAGAGAGGUUGAAAAAGGAAGAAGAAGAGAAGCUGAAGGAGGUGGAUGAAGAAGAGGAAGGACCACCACUGCAAAGGAAGAGUGGGCAAAACAGUGGCAGCAGCGGUAAUGAGAUGGAGAAGAAGAUUUCGGAGUGGGUCGCCAACUUAUCCCUGGGCGAGGAAGAAGAGGUGAUAAUGUACAUCCCAAAGGAUGACCAAGAGGCUGCCAUGAGGGCUUGGGAUGCAGAGAAAGACCCUCUUAGGCGACAGGCACUGGAGGAUCAACAGAGGAUGGAGUGGAAACUUGCCAUGAUGAGGGAGAAGAAGAGAAGGGUGGAUGCGGCGAGUGAAGCGGUCAAAGAGUUGGAGGAGGUGCAGAAAGUGAGUCUAAAGAUAACCCCUCAGGUAGAUCUCGAACGGAAGGUAGAGAUACUCGCCCAGAGCGUCGAGCGGCUAGCAAAGAUACAAGAACAACAAUACGGGUUUAGGCGAAGCCAGGACAUAGUUGUGCGCUCGAUGCGAAUGGGAUUUCGGGACUUUGCGCGCGAGUUGGUAGGAGCCGUAGGGGCCGAGGUGAAUCAUCGCCUCGAGAAGACUGAGCGUUUUUGUGUCGGCGCCAUUGAGGGCGUCAAGGUGGCAGCUCCCAAGGAGGAGGAGACUCGUCCUCGCAGGGAGCCAGUCAAAGUCAAAUUCCCUGAUUCCUACAGUGGAAAAAGGGAAGAGAACUUUGACAAUUGGGAGGCCAAUGUCAGGAUCUAUAUGCAUCUGCAACAGGUCUCCCCGGAUCAGCAGGUCCUAAUUGCGAUCCACGUGCUUAAGGAUGAGGCCGCUAGUUUUGCAAGGUCCCUUGUUCGCGCUGCUAACUGCAGUGACGAUCCAGUUGCAUACUCCACAUUCACCCCCCUCGUUGAGUUCCUGAAAUUGCUGCGCGAGCGAUUUGCUGAUGUCGCUCGUAGUGUUAAAGCGUCAGAUAGGCUGCAGACGAUCCACGCCCGCAAGUGGAAGAGUGCCAGGGCACUCAAGAGUACAAUGGAUGAGUUAGUGGCUGUCCCUGACCAUGGGGUUACGGACACCCAGUUGGUCGGCCUCUUCUAUUGGGCCAUACCCGAAGCCCUUCGAGGGCAUUUCUUCGCAAAGAGCGAAAACCCCGCCACUACAUAUGAUUCUCUUAGCCGUGAAGUGGUGGCUUUUGAAGCCAAGUCUGCAUCUGUGUCCACCUUUUGGCACAAAGACUUGGAUAAGGGAAAGAAAUGGAAGGGCUGCACUAUUUCUGGGCAAGUGAAGACUAAGGAUAGCCUUGUCCUGACCUUAGAUGAGGGUAGUGUGGACGAGAUCCCCUACGAUCAGAUUGAGUGGGGGUUAGAGGAGGAGGACAGUGGUGUGGGCCAGGGGAGGACUUACGCUGCUGUCGCGGCUGGAGGGAGGCCGCAAGGAGGACGAGGCCAGGGCCAAGGGGGUCGGGCCUCAGGGAGCCGGUUUCAGGGCGAUCAGGGGGUUAGCGGUAGAGGAGGAAACCGCCAAGCGGGAGGCAGGGGUCAAGGUCCCUCGCAAAACCGUCCUAGGAACAGGUCUCCCUAUAGGGAGACUCCCACACUAGAUGUGCCUACGACAGAGGUUGCAGGCCAGUGUCUAGACAGCUGUCCCGAAACUGCUUGUGUUAGAGUUUCGUUAGACACCUCCCUCACAGGCGUGGCCGAAGAGUUGAAGGAGAGAAUGCCCGCCUGGGCCAAGAUGAGAAAGGAGAAUAAAGGACGGCUUAUAUUGGUAGAUACAGAGAUUUUUAGAGGUAGAGUAGGGGCCCUGGUAGACUCAGGGGCCACCCGCAGCUAUAUUAGUAAGAAAGCGCUGCAGAAGUUGAAGCUGGGACUUAAAGUCCAAAAGCUAGCAGACCCUAUAGUUAGUAUCCUCGCGGACAACCGUACUAUGGUUGUAGAGGAAUAUGUAGAGGGAGUCCAAGCGUAUUUCCGCCUAGAGAAGGAUGGGAAAGUGGAGAAGGUUCUCCACUCCCUGACUCUCCUCGUGGAAGACAGCCUCCCAUUCGACAUUGUUCUGGGAAUGGAUUGGGGAGAGGCAGCCGGGGCCACGCUCCAUUUGAAGGAGCACGAAUAUAGGCUCCCUAGUUCUUCAGGCGAGGCUAAGAUUGCCCGCCUGUUCCAUGUGUCAGGAGUAGAGAAUUCCUUGGCGCAUUGCUGCCUUAGUGCCCCCGCGUUCGCCAGAUUGGUGAAGAAGGAAAAAUUAGAGGAACAGGUCUUUGUUGCCUAUGUUAGGCCAGUCACUGAGCCUAAGGAAGAGAAGCCCGUAGACCCUGCUAUUGCCAAAUUGCUGGAAGAGUUUAAGGAUUUAACUGAGCCGCCGACCGGCACGGUGCCGCGGCCCAUCCAGCACCGUAUUGAGAUAGAGCCUGGCAGCAAAACUCCUAAGGGUGUUGUGUAUAGGAUGUCCCCGCGGGAGUUAAAGGAGCUACGGAAGCAGUUGGACGAGCUCCUUGAAAAGGGUUGGAUUAGGCCCAGUUCGACCCUCGAAGAGCAUCAGGGUCAUCUCAGGCAGGUCUUGGAGAAGCUGAGGGAAGCUAACUUCAAGAUCAAUGCAAAGAAGUGCGAUUGGGCAAGGACCCAAGUUCUGUACCUAGGCCACGUCUUAGACGGAGACGGCGUUAAGCCAGAGGAUAGCAAGAUCGCAGCAAUUAGAGAUUGGCCCACGCCACGUACGCUGACCGAGUUACGCUCGUUCCUGGGCCUAGCUAAUUACUAUAGGAAGUUCGUGAGGAACUUAUCCACCAUCGCUGCGCCCCUUCGCAGAUUGCUGAGAAAGGAGACCAUCUGGAAGUGGGAUAAGGACUGCACGUCUGCCAUGAAGAAGUUAAAGCAGGCAUUGAUAGAGUAUCCAGUCCUUAAAGUCGCUGACCCGUCCUUGCCCUUUGUCGUCACGACCGAUGCGAGCCAAUAUGGCAUAGGUGCAGUGUUGCAGCAAGACGAUGGCAAUGGGUAUAGACCCGUUGAGUUCAUGUCCGCCAGGAUGCCUUCAGAAAAGGUCGCAACAUCUACCUAUGAGAGGGAACUCUACGCUCUCAGGCAAGCGUUAGACCACUGGAAGCACUACUUGCUUGGGAGGUACUUCAAAGUCUAUUCCGAUCAUGAGACACUGAGAUGGUUAAAGACGCAGGCCAAGAUGACACCUAAGCUUACUAGGUGGGCCGCWGAGAUAGAUCAGUACGACUUCGAGCUCAAGCCUGUCAAAGGGAAGUACAACGUAGUCGCGGAUGCUCUGAGUAGAAGAGCUGAUUAUUUUGGGGCAAUAGUACGUUACCUCGAUAUAGGGAAGGACCUGCAACAGAAGGUUAGAGAAGCCUACGGGCAGGACCCUAUCUAUAGUGAGCUCCUUAAGAAGGCCAAGGAGGCCCUAGAGACUGAACCGAACUACCGCACUACUGAAGGGUUGCUUUUUGAGAAGACUAAUGUAUUUGACCGUUUGUGCAUCCCCAAUAGCGAAGAGAUUCGUAGUCUGAUUUUGGGAGAAUGCCAUGACACAGAGGGUCAUUUUGGUUGGCAGAAGACUUUAGCCAACCUGAUGCGCGCAUACACCUGGCCAGGGAUGAAGAAUGACUGCGUAGAGUAUGUUCGCAGUUGUAAGGCGUACUUUCGCCUAAAGAAGGAUGGGAAGGUGGAGAAAUUUCUCCAUUCCCUGACUCUUCUCAUACAAGAUGACCUUCCUUUCGAUGUAGUGUCAGGAAUGGAUUGGGGAGAGGCAGCGGGGGCCACACUCCAUCUGAGAGAGCAUGAGUGUAGGCUCCCUAAUCCGUCAGGCGAAGUGAAGACUGCUCGCCUGUUCCAUGCGUCCGGUGUAGAUAACACCUUGGCGCAUUGCUGUCUUAGUGCUCCUGCGUUCGCGCGAUUAGUAAGAAAGGAGCAGUUAGAGGAACAGGUCUUUGUGGUGUAUGUCAGACCUGUCACUGAGGCCCCGGAAAAGGAUAGUUCCACAGAUCCAACAAUUGUCAAGCUCCUGAAAGAAUUCAAAGACUUGACUGAGUCGCCGACAGGAGUAGUGUCGCGACCCAUCCAGCACAGGAUAGAGAUAGAGCCUGGCAGUAGAACUCCUAAGGGUGCAGUCUACAAGAUGUCCCCUAGAGAGUUAGAGGAGCUUCGCAAGCAGUUAGACGAACUCCUUGAGAAAGGGUGGAUCAGGCCCAGUUCGUCUCCUUUUGGAGCACCCGUUUUGUUUGUCCCCAAGAAGGAAGGAGAGAUGAGAAUGUGUAUAGACUAUAGGGGAUUACAUGCGAUCACCGUGAAGAAUGCUGAGCCGCUGCCCAGGAUAGACGAUCUUUUAGAUCGGGUGCAGGGUUGUAAGUAUUUCUCUAAGAUAGACUUAAAGUCCGAAUACCAUCAGAUAGAGGUUCAUCCUGAUGAUCAGUACAAGACUGCGUUCCGGACUAGAUAUGGGCAUUAUGAGUUUAUAGUGAUGCCCUUUGGACWAACCAACGMGCCAGCUACUUUUCAGYGUUGUAUGAAUGACCUGUKUAGACCAUGGUUAGAUAAAUUURUAGUAGUCUACUUAGAUGAUAUCCUAGUCUUUAGUAAGACCCUCCAGGAGCACCAGGGUCAUCUGAGGCAGGUCUUGGAGAAGCUUAGAGAGGCUAACUUCAAGAUCAAUGCGAAGAAGUGCGAGUGGGCCAAGACGCAAGUCUUAUACUUGGGCCACGUGUUGGACGGAGAUGGCAUUAAGCCAGAGGACAGCAAGAUCGCGGCGAUCAGAGAUUGGUCGACGCCCCGCACAUUGACAGAGUUGCGGUCAUUCCUAGGCUUAACUAACUACUAUAGGAAGUUCGUAAGGAACUUCUCUACUAUCGUCGCUCCCUUGCGCAGGUUGCUGAAGAAAGAGGCAAUCUGGCAAUGGGACAAAGAUUGUACGUCUGCGCUCAAGAAGCUAAAGCACGCGCUAAUAGAAUAUCCUGUCCUCAAAGUUGCAGAUUCGUCUUUGCCAUUUGUCGUCACCACGGACGCGAGUCAGUAUGGGAUAGGCGCCGUGUUGCAGCAAGACGACGGCAAUGGCUAUAGACCCAUAGAGUUCAUGUCCGCGAGGAUGCCCUGUGAGAAGCUGAUCUUUGUAGAGGUUGCGAUUAUGUUUUCCUUUGGUGAUCAUUCGGGGGGUUAGUCCUUGCUCAGUGCGCUACACACUCGCCACCACGAUCUCCUUCCGCUAGGUAGACACCCUCCGAGGCCGAAAAGCCCGAUGCCACGAUGAU